AUGCUUAUCAUUGGCAUUGCAAUCGUGCUUGGAACACUUAUUGUUGCACUUUCGAUCGUUACUCUUGUCAAAGUUAACAAGAAAUUUCACACGAUCUUAGACAACAGUGAAAAACUAACGAUCAGUUCAAAAGCAGUUCAACAAUCAUCUGAUUCCGUUUUGGAUGCAUCGAUUCGUAUUGAUGAAGUCAUGAGCUAUCUUAAUGAACUUCAACGUAUUGCCACUGCUAAUAAUGGAACUCGAGCUGUCAAUACACCUGGAUUUAAUGCAACAUUGAACUAUAUCGAGAACUAUUUAACUGCUAAUACGAAUUACAAAAUAACAAAGACUUUUUUCUUCUUGAGAGACUUUGUACUUGCAAGUAAUCCGAUUCUAAUUUCAUCAAUUAACGGUGCCAAAAAGAACUAUACUUAUUCAACUAAUCUUGCAAUUGCUGAAUUUUAUCAUGUUAAAUAUUCAACUUCGGCUAAUUUUUCCAGUAGUAUUCAACUUACAGUUAUUCCAAAUGUGGGCUGUUCAGAUGAUGAUUGGCAAAAAGCUACCUUACCACCUCAAGAUCGAGUAGCACUUGUCAAACGUGGAAUAUGUGGAUUUCAAGAUAAAGCUAUACUUGCUGCUAAAUAUAAUGUAGAUGCACUUUUGAUCUAUAAUGAUGGUGAAUCACCUGAUCGUGUUUCCCCGUUAGAAGUUAAUCUUGCUCAAGAUAAUGCUAUACCUGCUCUGUUUCUUUCGUUCACUGUUGGUCAAGUCCUUGUGAAUGCAGCUAAAAAUUCGUCAACAAAUAUUACUGUACAAUUAAUUAUUGACGUGAAAAAUCUACCUGACUUUCCUGUAGGAAAUAUUUGUGCUGAUACCCCAACAGGUGAUGUUACACAGACUAUCGUCAUUGGUAGUCAUAGUGAUAGUGUUACAGCUGGACCAGGAAUUAAUGAUAAUGGUAGUGGUAGUGCAGCCAAUCUAGCUUUAGCUGUUUCCCUUGCUCGUCUUUUUCGAACAUCAACGUAUCCGAAAUAUAAAUAUCGAGUACGAUUUUGUUGGUGGGGUGCUGAAGAACUUGGUCUUCUUGGUGCAGACUUUCAUGUCAAACAAGCCAAAAAUUCUUCUAUUAUUGGUGAACGUCUUUCAGAUUAUUUAAUUAAUCUUAACUAUGAUACGAUUGGUUCACCCAAUUAUAUGUUAGGUAUAUAUGAUGGUGCCACAGCUAGAAAUGACACACCAUCACAAGCACUUGUUGGUAGUAUUAAAAUUACAGCUUUGUUUCGAGAUUGGUUUAUUCAACAGAACUUACCAUAUGAUUAUAGAGAUGUGAGUGGUCGAAGUGAUUAUGCUCCAUUUUUAGCUGAAGGUGUCGUCUCAGGUGGGCUCUCUGCUGGUACAGAUGGUAUCAAAACACAAAACCAACGUGAUCGAUAUGAUCAAAUGCUUGGUCAAGGUUUAGGAGGUAUAUCGGGUAUUAUGUACGAUCCUUGCUAUCAUAAAGCAUGUGAUACAAUUCAGAAUAUUAAUAUAUUAGGAUACGAGAAAAUGGUGAAAGCAGCUGCUUAUGUUUUAGAAUUUCUAGGUCGAGAAGAAGAUUUAAAAACAUGGCUUUAUCCAUUUACUAAGUGA